UAACGUGUGACCAUGGAGCUCGCCAUGGAGACGGAAAGUGUGAAAUCCUCCUUUCUCUAUCAAGCAAGCUCCAGUUUUGGAUAGAUAAGGCAGCAAAACUCUCGUCCUGUAACUAAAUUUACGUAAAGUGCAUGAAGUGGGAUUCAUGAUAAUUAGUCUUAGGCGUGGUGACUGGUGACAGUUUUGCCACGCCUUUAUUUACCUGUGCACUGUCAUCUAAUUCUAUUAUAAUCCAUUCCUCCUCUGCUGUGAGUCUCUCUUAUCAUGCCUCGUCGUGGAAGGGCUGGUGGUAGAAGAAGACACCAUCAUCACCAUCAUCAUGGUAUCCGUCACCACCAUCAUCAUGGUAUCCGUCAUCACCAUCAUCAUGGUAUCCGUCAUCACCAUCAUCACGGAAUACACCACCGCCAUAGGUUUCAUCAUGGACCGCGUUUAGUCUUUGGUUGGGGUCUGUUUAGUAGGAGGAGAAGAGUCGUCACUACUACUGCUGCCGCUGCUACUGUUGCUGGUACUGCUGGACCCAAUGCUGUAGUAGUAGAGCAGCAGGUCCCUGCUCAGCCUUAUCCUGCAGGCCAGUAUCCUCCUCAACAACCUUAUCCUCCCCAGCCUCCUCCUACUGGUGCACCUCCUCAGGGACCACCUCUCGGAUUUGAAUCAGGUUACCCUCCACCUCUCCCUGGACAAGUACCAUACCCUGCUGCUCCAGGGUACCCCUCCGGUGAACCUCCUCCUUAUCCUGGUCCCCCUCCUCCUGGCAUGGCCCCUCCUCCUGGACAAGCCCCACCUCCUGGUGCUCCGUAUCCUGGACAGGCCCCUCCUCCUGGUAUGGCUCCACCCCCUGGGACUGUUCCAGGACAAGCUCCUCAACCCGGACAGCCAGGGCUGGCAGUCAACCAACAGUAUUAUGUGCAGCAGCAGCCAGAAGAGGAAUAUGAUGUUGUAUGUUGCACCAUUCUCUGAUUAAUUGAACAAUUAUUCUGUUUUAUUCAGUCUAUGCAUGUACAUGUACUUUAGCUAAGUCGUUAUUAUAAAUGUUGUGACCAUAGAAGACCAACCGAAUAUUUUUUAUUUGAUAUUUAAUACUACUAUCAUUAUAAUUAUUAUUAUUGCUAUAAUUAUUUACUUUUUAUUAAGUUACUUUAAUUUUUAAAUACAUGAAUGCAAUGCAAUUGCCACUACAA